AUUGUGAUUGGGAAAAUAAAGCAAUAUAUUCAAAACUCAUUCAGAGUUGGAAUAUUUUGAGAUCGCUGUUUCACUGUGCUACAAUCCUUCACUUCUCUCACAACUUGGAAAUAUCAGAAAAUCUAACCGGCUUAACCAAUGUCAGCUCAAAAAGGAAGCAUGGACAGUGGAGCUUCAAGGAAACGUAUGAAACCUGGGGUAGUACAAGAAAAGUUUGGAGAUGAAGCAGAAUCGCAGAUUGUACUUGUACAGGAGGAAGGAUUUGAGACUAACCAAGUUGGGUCUGAAGAAAUGGAGCUCAAUAUUUCUCUUGUUCUUGAGAAGAUUGAGAAUUUUACCCAGAGGGUAUCUGAGCUCUUGGAAUCAGGGAAAACAAUGUUUAAGGAGCUAUGCAAUGAAUUUGAAGAGAAACUGAUUAUGAUUCACAAGGAGCAGGUUGAAAAAUGGCAGGAAGAAAUCAAAGAACUCCGUGCACUCGAUGCCUCAAAUGAGGAAGCCAAUGCUCUUCUGCAAAAUGCUCGAUAUGUACUUCAGCUCACUCGUAAUGAUUAGUCAAUGUAAUCGCCUCAUGUCAUAUCUAGGUAUAUGCAUAAUCUCUCACCCCCCUAAACAUUAAUAAUCAGGUAAAAAGUAUACUUUGAUAGAAGAGGUGUGAAUGUGCUAACUCUGGGAAUACUUGGGCUUUCUUGGAUCAUUAAUAUCCAAUUCAUUUUUAUUGGGCUGUGCUUGACUGUUUAUCAUUAGAUUAAACUUUACUUGAAAAUAUGUAAUCAUGAGUCAUGACAUAUGGUUAAAAUUGUUGGAGGUAUGGUGAUGGUAAUGACAGAUAAAUCUGUAGCAUUUUAGCUUGAGGGAUGGCAUUUCAUGAACACGAGUACAGGACCGUGUUUCUUGAAUUCUGUAAGUGCUGCAUGGUAAAAAGAUGCAGUAGUAGUCCAACCU